AUGUCGUCCACCAGCAACGCCUCCAUUGACAAGUUCAACGGAGACAAUUACGCAACGUGGAGCCGGUACAUGCGCGGUGUGUUUCUGACGAAGUCCGUCUGGCACGUCGUCAACCGUGAAGUGACUCCGACUUUCACCGACCCGCGAGCGUCCGAUGACUACGUCAAGGCAAGCAACGUCGCGUUUGGUAUGAUGCUGCUGCACAUGAACGCGGACUACCAUCAUGUGCUGGACAACUGCGAGGAAGCCUGGGUUGCGUGGACAAGUCUGAAGACGCUGUACGGUGGGUCGCAGAAGGCAGGACGCAUCUACCUCAAGCGGCAACUUUUCAGUAUCAAGAUGGCUGAAGGCGCGAACGUCAUGCAUCACUGCAACGAGGUCCUCAACAUCUCCGCCAAGCUUAGCGGCAUCGGUGCGAAGAUGGAAGACGAAGACGUUGCAAUUUGUCUGCUACUCAGUCUUCCGAAGAGCUACGAAAAUGUGGUGCUCAACAUGGAAAUGAGCAGCACCGAGCUUCGCACUCAAGAUGUGGUGAGAGUCCUGACGAAUGAGCAUGCCAAGCGUCAAGGAGAAAAAGGGACAACGACAGCGACUACGCUGAAGGCUGAAGAUGCAAGCAAGGCAUUCAGCGCCGAGCGUGAGCCCUACCAAUGCACAUAUUGUGGCAAGGCGGGACACACGGUGGAUCGUUGCUGGACAAAGCAGAAGAACGAAGGUCGGAGAGCCCGACGCGGCGGCAAUGGUCGUGGACGCGGGGCUAACAAUGUCCAGUGGGGACAUCAUGAUGAAGGCAAUGGCUACGAUCGAGUGGCGUUUGCAGUCUCGUUCGAAUGUGGAGUUUCGACGAGCAAGGACGUGUCUGGAAUGUGGGCCGUCGACAGUGGUGCAACGCACCACAUUUGCCACGACAAGACCAAGUUCGCAAGUUUGGCAGAGCGCAAUGAGGGCGAACUCUUGGUGGCUGAUGGCAACAAGGUGGCCAUCAAGGGUGUGGGAACCAUCAUGGAAAAGGUGGUUCUGCCCAACGGUGAAGAGCGUGAGAUCGAAAUCAAGAACGCGCUAUAUGUUCCAAGUAUGAGCAAGAACCUGCUCUCGGUGCCACAGAUUAACAGCCAUGGCAAGUUUCAAGUCGUGUUUGACGGGUCCAAGAUGUAUGUGACUCUCAAGAACUCACAGCAAGUGGUGGCGACAGCGGAUCUCGUGGAUGGACUCUACUGGCUUCGGACGACUCAACGAUCAGCGAAUGUGACAACAAGUGGAACCAGUUGUGCCGAUCUACAUGCGAGAAUGGGUCAUGCUCCAAUCGAUGUACUUCGCAAGAUGAUCGCGACCAACAUGAUCAAAGAUGUGGGAGUACCUCUCAAGUCGAGUGGAUCAGGUACAUGUCGAGGAUGUCAGCAAGGGAAAAUGGUCCAAAAACCAUUCCCAAGCAAUCGUGACAAGCGAAGUUACGACACGUUUGAGCUACUCCAUCUGGACAUCUGCGGGCCCAUGGAAAAGGAUUCGCUCGGUGGCAGCAAAUAUUUGCUGCUGAUCAUCGACGAAGCCAGUGGAUGCAUGAAGGGCUUUUGUCUGCGAGUGAAGUCCGAGAGGGAAGACUACAUCCGGAAGUACAUCACUAUGGUACAGACGCAGUUCAACGAAGGCAUCGAACAGCAGACUACGGUGCCAUACGCACAUCAAACCAACGGCUCAGUAGAGCGUGCCCUUAGGACUAUCGUCACGAUCGACCGCAGCAAGCUCCAUCAUACCAAGCUGGACAAGUGCUUCUGGGCUGAAGCAGCGAUGACGGCCACCUACGUCAAGAACCGACUGCCGUCACCUAACGUCGUGCACAAGACCCCGUUUGAGAUCGUCUACAACUUGAAACCAAGCGUCAAGCACAUGCGAACAUUCGGGUGUCAGACAUACAUACUGACGCCUAAAGAGAAUCGACUCAAGUGGGAUCCAAAGGCUCGCGCUGGCAUAUUCGUGGGCUACGAAGAAGUUUCGAAGGCAUAUCGUGUUUAUGACAUCGAGGCGGGGCAGGUGGUUAUCAGCCGCGAUGUCAACUUCGACGAGUCCACCUUUGGACUUCAACUGCCGAUCACUGAUGAAGAUGUCGAUGACCUGGACUUCGAAUUGCUGGAUCUUGAUGACGAAGAGCUGCGUCAAAUGGAGUACAAGCAAACAGGCAAGCGCAAGAACCGACUCAAUGAUGAAGAUACAGCAGCUCCACGACCGCGUGCAGUGCGUCAACGACCAGGACUAGAAGAGUCAAGCGCGCCGGAAAACAACUCGUCACGACAAGAAGAAGACGAAGAAACGAAGGAUUCUGGUGAUUCAACACCGCCUGUGUUUUGGCGUGCGAGUGCAAAUGCCGUUGAAGCAGCAGUGGACUUAUCAGAACCCUCAACAUUUGAAGCAGCAGUAAGCGGCCCUGACCAAGUGCACUGGAGAAAAGCAAUUCAUGCAGAGCUCGAGUCAAUGCGACUUCGCGGUGUGUUUCGUGCAGCCAAGCUGCCCAACGGACAACGCGCCAUUGGCACAAAAUGGGUGUUCAAGAUCAAGCGCAAGGCGGAUGGGUCAAUCGAGAAGUACAAGGCACGACUUGUGGCCAAGGGUUUCCGCCAAAAGUAUGGCAUCGACUACACGGAGACGUUUUCGCCUGUGGUCAAGUAUGUGACGCUGCGAAUGGUGAUCGCAAUUUCCAAGCAUUUUGGAUGGCCCAUCGACCAGCUUGAUGUGGUGACAGCUUUCCUGUAUGGCGUCAUGAAGGAACAAGUGUUCUGCGUGAUUCCUGAAGGCGUCGAACUUGACAGUACGUUCGACUGCCUGGAAUUGGUGAAGUCAAUUUACGGCCUCAAGCAAGCGUCGCGAGUGUGGAACGAGACGUUCGACGAGUAUGUGUGCUCCAUCGGAUUUCAAGUAUCGGACUUCGACCCAUGUCUCUACAUCAAGACUUCGGACGGCCAUUGCGUGUUUAUACUGGUCUACGUGGACGACGUCUUGGUGACUGGAAGCUCGCUCGAGCUGAUUGCACAAACCAAGAACGACCUGAAGACGCGGUUCGAAAUGACGGACAGCGGCAAGUGUGCGUUUGUUCUUGGGAUCGAGCUUUUGGACGGUGAAGAUGGCAGUGUGACACUAUGUCAGCGUCGGUAUGUCGAUGAUAUCCUCAAGCGCUUUGGCAUGGAUGAUUGCAAGGCAGUCGCAAGUCCAGUCGACAUGAGCUCUCGACUUGUUUCAAGUGAUGCAACUACCAAGGUCGAUGCUCCUUUUCGCGAAGCUGUUGGUGCGUUGAUGCACCUGACCACUGCAACGCGUCCGGACAUUGCGUUUGCUGUGGGCUAUGUGUCGCGGUUCAUGGAAAAUCCCCAAGAAGAACACUGGGUUGCAGUUAAGCGUAUCUUUCGCUACCUACAAGGCACCAAGACGCAUGGAAUUUGCUACAAGCCAAGUGCAAGGAUCGACUUCCGUGGAUAUUCGGAUGCGGAUUGGGCUGGUGAUCUUACCGACCGCAAGUCAACAUCGGGGUACACGUUCAUGCUACUCGGUGCGCCAGUCAGUUGGGGCAGCAAGAAGCAGCCAAGUGUUUCGUUGUCCACGAGUGAAGCCGAAUACAUCGCACUCAGCUUGGCGAUUCAAGAGGGCAAGUGGAUUCAUCGUCUGCUUUGUGAGAUCGUGAUGGCUGCCAAUGAAGAAGGACCGGAACUCAUGAUCCAUGAAGACAAUCAGUCGUGUAUCAAGAUGACGAAGAACCCAGUCAACCACGGCCGUGCCAAGCACAUUGAUAUCAAGUACCAUCACAUCCGUGAUGAGGUCAAGCGCGGUGAAGUGAAGCUCAAGUACUGUGAAACUGCGGUGAUGUUAGCGGACAUCAUGACGAAGGGACUUCACGGGCCACGCCACAAGGAGAUGACGGCGACUCUCGGGAUUCGUGAGCAUUCGGAUUGA